AUGGACGCCGCGGCGUCCAGCACGGUGGUUCUCUCGCCGAGCUCUGCUAUCGACGCUGCCGUCGCCGCUCUGACGACCUUGUCGCCCGGCUCCCCUGCCCUCUCAGCCGUACCUGCGCCGUUUGGCCAGCCAUUUCAUGCCAAAGCCGACAUGCUCAGCGCCCUUGAGCCAUCGUUGAACGCUGCGAUCGACUUGUACUUUGUCAAGCUACACGCGAUCAACCCGAUCGUCGACGCAAACUCGGUCAGGCAGCGAUUGGGACAAAAGGAGCAUCUGCACAAUGAGAUAUUCGCCUCCAUGGUGCUCUGCAUGGUUGCCAUGCGCUUCUGUCUCCCCGACGCGGCCCCGCACAGUCCGACGAGUAACGCCGUGGUCCUCCUUCGAGAGGCUAUGGCCUUGGCCAGUGUGAACAACGACUCGGAUCUGCGGCCCACGCUCGACCGCAUGUCGGCGGCCAUGCUCAUGGCCAAUGUCCUGCGUGUCACGACUGGCUUCAACUGGGCCUAUGUCAAGACCAAGGAGGCAAUCACGCUAUCAGAGCUGCUGCAGCUGGACGACCCCUUGGCCUACGACCAGUUCACAGAGGCCGAGAAGGAGAUUGCCAUCAGCAUGUUCUGGAAGCUGGCCGUAGCCGAGAGAUCCAAUGCUCUGCUCGCGCAACACUGUGGGGCAAACGCAUUCCGUCCGUCCGUGUCAAUACGCGGGCAAAUCACCCAUCUGUCCUCGCUGCGUAAGGCUGCAGUAGACAAGCCAGUGGUAUGGCGAUUAGAGCCUACCGCGCGACUGUUCGAAGCCAUGGACCCAUCGUUGAUCGAUUGCAUCACCAGCAAAUGCUCUCCGCCCGACUGUCGUAUGGCUGUUUCAGUCGCACUUCUCGCGCAUAGUUCGCUCGACGCAGUGCCGCUCUCGGCCCACCAGUCGCCCGUGCAAGUCGCCGACGUCCUUUUCACCCGGCUGUGGAUGCACAGCGAGGUGUGGCGAGCAUGCAUGACACACUCGCUUCUCCAAGCCGAGGACGACGAUAGUUUGCCACAGCUGCUUGUUCGGUAUCCAGUCGAAGUCAUGGCCCAGGCCUGCGAGGUCGCCGAUGGCCUCUCGUUCGAGGCUAUCCUGGGGAACGGACAGGCCAUGUCUAACAAGCUGCGGGCAAUUGCGUCGACAGCAGACUGGGUGCUGAGUCUCCCCGAUCCCCCGCGUUCCUACGACGCGGUAGACUCCAUCGCGGAGGGCAUCGCUAUGCGCGACCGGCUCAACGACAUUGCAGAUCGCCUGGCAGACGCGCCGUGGGUGCGGUAUGACUUGCCCGGGCUGGGGCACCGCCUGUCAAGACCACGUCCACUCGUGUAG